AUGAAGCUUCAUUGCCACGCAACUUUCUGGCAGUCAGCAGAGUCUCGUGGUGCGGUGGUGGUGGCUGCUGCGCCUCACAACAUGCUGUCGCGCACACGAGGAGAGCGGACCGGGCGUGGCCUGUGUUUUUCAGGAGCGUCACAGGCAGCGACGCGGAGGGGGUCGCGACGAGAGCAACGACAGCAGCUGGAGGAACGGAAAGAGGAGGAGCGUAAGCAGCAGCGGCAAUGGACGGACAGCCUGGAGCACGGACAGCAGCAGGGUGGUGCUGCUCGGGGCUCAAGGCGUGGAGGGGAAUGGCAUGGAUUGGACGCGGAGUGGACGCGGGGUGGACGCGGAGUGGACGCGGAGUGGACGCGGAGUGGACGCGGGGUGGACGCGGAGUGGACGCGGAGUGGACGCGGAGUGGACGCGGAGUGGACGGGGCACAAGAAACAGCCUGGAGCAGAAGGCGUGGCGUAG